AUUUGAUUGGCUCCUCGUACUCAAUAAAAUAUUUUGUUUAAAAAAAAAGAAAUUUAUCAUAUCUUAAUUAUCAAAUUGUGAGUGUUUUGCAAGUAGAGAAAGAAAAAUGUUGAAUAAACAUAAAAAUCUCGUCUUCUCAUUACAUAAACGGCAUUGGAUUCAGAAGUAUAAAUAUCCACAUCUAUUUAAUUCACUAUGUUUCGGAAUCUUUGGUUAGUUGCGCACAUCAUCAGUUUACUUAUUGUCAUUCAUCAAAUAUUUUCUAUACAAAUUGUCGAAUUUCCACCUGAAAUCAUGACGCAAAGAAUGGAUUCUGUAGAAAUACAUGAUUUAGAGGAUAUCAAAACACCCAUUGGAGUACCAUUAUCGGGAAAAUAUAAACGGAGUUUUGGAUAUGAGACAAUAAAAGAUAGACUACCAGUAAUUGUGACGAGAAUUAUCGAUACAAUGAGUCGUGAUAAAGAAGAAAUGAUUAGCAAAUAUGGAGAUGGAACAGCUGAAGAAAUUAAACACAUAAUUGGUUGUAUUAGUAAAAUGAAGAAUGAAAUGGUGACGAAUAAAGAGUUAAAACCACUAACAUUAUUGUCUGAAAAUGAUGAGGAUGGAAUAAUUUGGAAUAAAUUCCUCGAAGAACGAACUGAAAUUGAGGGAAAAACGCCUACUUGGUACAAUACAAUCUGGAUAUAUUGCGAAUGCUACUUGUACCGAAGAAUUUACCAGGAACUCGCCCUUACAAAACAUCUCAAAACUUAUGAUCCUUUCGAAAAGCAAAAAGUGACAGCUUUUAAUAAUUCACUGAGCAGCAUUAAUAUUGUAAGUGAAUUUGUCAUGGACCUAAUAAACAAAGGCAAUAAACUCACUCCAGCAGAGCGUGAAAAUGGGUUCAUUCAACUUUUAAAGAUCAAUCUCUGGGGAAACAAGUGUGAUUUAUCCUUGUCUGGAGGUGCAGAAUGUAGCGCAAGUGGAAAUCCACUUGAUUUUGUAGAUACUUUUCAAAAAGAUCUUCUUGUUGAUGAUUCACAACUAAUAUGGGACCUGUUAAGUAAAAACACUACCGGCAUUGUUGAUAUUGUUUUAGACAAUGCAGGUUACGAAUUAUUCACUGACUUGACAUUUGCUGCAUUUAUAACGUCACAGAAAUUCACGACCAAAAUACGAUUCUACGUAAAACGGUAUCCAUGGUAUGUGAGUGAUGUUACGGUAAAUGAUUUUCAUUGGACAAUUGAAACAAUGAAGAAUUCUUCAAAUGAAAUUUUGAAAUCUUUGGGCGAAAUAUGCCAUGACUAUUUGGCAAAAGGAGUCUGGACUAUAGAGAUGGAAAAUUUCUGGACCGAACCCUAUACAUUUGAUGAAAUAAAAAAGCGGGAUCCUACUCUUUAUGCAAAAUUUUCUGAAGCCGUUUUGGUAAUUUUCAAGGGCGACUUAAAUUAUCGAAAACUUGUAGGCGAUAUUAAUUGGGAGUACACAACAGAUUUCGUUCAAGCCUUACAGGAAUUUGAACCCACAAAUAUUGCAAGUUUACGCACAAUCAAAUGCGACGUGUGUGUUGGAUUAGCAUCUGGUCAAGCGGAAGUUGUAGAAAAAGAGGACAAAGAUUGGUUGCACACUGGUAAAUAUGGAUUAAUUGAAACAACUCUCGGUAGCAAGUGCAAGUGCAAUUAAUUUUCGCAAAAAAGUAAUUUCAUAAGGAAAAAUCUAACGGACAGUCCAAACAAUUUAGAUUCCAACAUUUAAAAAUAUUAAAAGUUGCAUUUCAAUAAAAAUUAGUUUUCUCUCAAGAAGAACGAGAUUUGA